UGAAUUUUGUCGUGAAAACAAAUCGCUACUUUUAUUAAUUUCUCAUUAAAUUACAUUAUAAUUACGAUGAGUGCAGAAAAAAUAAGUAGCGAGGAGGUUCCUGGGAAGUUUACUGAGUGGUUGCUGGCCAUGGGAUGCCCUGCAGAUAAAGUGCCAUCGGUGGAAAACAUAGGAGAGAUGUGCAGGGGUCAGUACUACAUGGUGUGGCGCAGUUUGAUGGAGCAGGUGGACGCUAAAGACGUUGUGCGGCGCAAACGACUGCAGGUCUUCUGUGAUGACAUCAGGAGAUGCAAGAAAAAAAAUGUUUUUAAUGAGUGUGAGACCAACACCCUGAUGCCAGAGCAGCUGUUGCUGUGGAAACAGCAGGCGGAGCUCCGACAGAAAGUCAAAGAUGCGACUGACGGGGUGUCACUGGCUCGGAGAGACCUGGACCAGCUUAUGGAUAAGAACUGCAGCAAAAGUUCCAGGUUACAGUCCCUGCGGCUUGGCCCUUCCGCCUCUGCAACCAUUGAGGUCUUUACUCCAGUGGCACAACGCAAUCAAGCCCGUAACAAAGCUGAAAACGCGGCACGACGCGCGUACUUCCUACAAGGGUUGGCAGAGGAGCUGCGUGGCAAGACAGAGGCUCUGCAGGAGACUCAGGAUAUAGCUGACUCACUCUGCUCUACUGAUGAUGGUGGAGAUAUACAGAGUAAGCUAGAUCGGUGCCUGUCGUGGCCGGGGCGCGCGGCCGCUGCGCCCGCGCCGCCCUCCAACACCACUGCGAGCUCCGCGGGGGCUACUAACGGCGACGCUGACUUUGAGGAGCUGGUGUGCCAGCUGGUGCGAGGCGGGGGCGCUGCGCUGUGCAGCCAGCUGUGCAGCCGCCGCGGGGCGCUGCUGCGGGGGCUCGCGGGGGCGGGGUCGCCGGGGGGACAGCGGCAUAAGCUUACACCGCAGUCCGUGCUAGCCCACACCGCGGCCCUGCACUGCACGUUAUCGCUAGAAGCCACCAAACACAAGAUACACCUCAAACAAACCAAGAAUAGACUACUGUCUACCGUUACCGAAUUGAAUAACUACCUAUCAGGCGAGGCCUGCGAGUUGCUGGUUCUCCGCUGCGAAGUGGCGCACGCGUCGGCGAGGGUGUCUUCCCUGCGCAGCUCACUCCAAGACCUGACGAGUGGCAGUGGAGUGUUCCACACGCAUGCGCACUCUUGCCCGCCUCCUGCGACUAGCCUGGCCAAGCAGGACGCCGCUAUUGAAAGCAAGAAGGAGGAGUUGAAACGCGUGAUGACGUCGCUAGCUGGUACGGAACGCAAGAUACAGAGCGUAAGGGAGUGUCUCACUGCAGUGUUCACGGCCCUCCACAACAACGCGCCUCUCACCAACGCACAGUACCGAGGAGUCCAGUUAGACUUGCCCUCCGAGUCGAUAUCUUCGCUGCGUCAGUUCUACGACGGUCGCUGCGAGAGCCGCCCGAAGCUGGACGUCAGCCUCGAGUUGGAGGUGUCUGAUGGAUCCAUAACUGAUAAUAUAGAUUACAACAAUCCCAGAUUUGUCGACGAGUUACGCCUCUAUCUGAAGAAUUUUAAAUUGGAGAAUAACAGACAAUUGGUGUUAGAGAGUGGCGAAAAGGUCUGGAUAUUCGAGACAGUGCAGGCGUCCAUGGACCGCCUCCGCGCCAGCUGGCUGGCAGCCGAGCAGUCGUGCCGGCUGCUGGCCGCGGCCGCCGCGCUGCCCCGCCACGUGCGCGGCCUGCUGCGCCACGUGCGCUCGCGCACGCGGCUGGAGGACGACGUGCGGCCGAUGGGGGCUGAGCAGACGCCUAAGGAGAUCGAUAUACAAUCUCAAGUGGAAGAAGAAGCCCAAAUCAUAGACAAGACCAAGAAAAGACUUCGGGAAUGUGUUCAGGACCUGCAGAGAACAGCCAAGACCUUCACCUUGGGUCAGGAGAACCUGCGGUUCUGGUCAGAGAACCAAGCCAAGAAAUACAUACUGCCCUCCAGAAAGCUCAACGGCAUGACCUAUACAGAUUACGAGAUAUAUUACUUAGAGAAUUGCAUGAGUAUUUAA